UGUCGCUGUUUUUGCUGCUGCGAGAGAGAGAGUAGGCCUAGGCCUAGAUAGGUAGGCCUAGGAUUUUCUUUUCUGAAGUCGUGUAAAGUUGAUUAGAAAAAAUGGACGAAACACUUAAAUACCAGUACGAUGUUGCGAAUAUGUAUGCUUCAGCUUCGCCAUCUCUGUCCAGAUACUUGAUGCAUUCAGAUCUUUUGAGGUGUCGGUAACACUCCUAAAGCCUGUGUACGCCCACAAUGUUCAUAAAGUAGGCAUACAAAGAAAAAUUUAUACAGAUUUAUUUAUAAAUCGGUACUGUAGCAGGCCUACCAAAAAAGCACUAUUAAAUUAGAUGUUUUUGGUCCAUGUUCAAUGACAGUAUAGCCCACAGUAAAGAGGAUGAAACAAAGAAAAAAUAUGAAAAUAAGAUGACAGGCCAUCUCUGUCCUCGUUGUUGUUCACUUCUGUCACUCGGUAACAACUCUGUGAAAAUCUCGCCGAGGAAGCCAGCAAGUAAGAAAACGCUCAAAUUAAUAAGACGAUGCAAUAAGUUCAAAUGCUGGAACAAGCUGAGCUCCAAAGCCAGGAAAGCAAUUUUACGGUAUGAAAGGAGUACAAAUGCAUUGGUCAUAAACUGCAGCAGUUGUGGACGUAGUAAAACAGCUUGCGUGAAACGUAAAACGACAGAGUGCUGUAAGGCGCUCCCAUCAACGCCUGUUGUUUCGGUCAGAUCACUCUUUCAUACUCCAAAAUCAAGUGGACCUAAAGACAGAACACCUCAUGGCCAAUCCUUGUCGACACCCAGUUCAUCAGCCAAGAAACGAUCAGCAAAACGUCAUAAGCAUUCAAAAUUACAGCUGAUGCUUGACCAAAACACGCAAGAAAAGCAACACGCACAGCAGUCCCCUCUACUUGGAUUCCUGCAGUCUUUAUGACACAGGCUAGCACCUCAUGAACUUUACCUGUGAUGUAAUUAAGGAAGUGUUAAGUGAGCAAGAGCUAGAUCACAAAAUAAGAGGUGAUUUUUUACUAAUUGAUGAGCUUGAUUUUUUUGCUUUUGACAUAUUUAAUCGGGGGUGGGGGAAGUGACUGGAUGAGCGAGCUUUAUUACACCACUGCUCUCCACCCUAAAGUAUAAAUGGGUACCUGGUAGGGUGUGAUACCAAGCACUGAUUCUAGCUGCUUAUGAAACAGGCUCCCCAGAGAGCUGAGGAUGUGUUCCAUACUGUAGGUGCCUACUUCCCUUAUUUGGGUAAUACUGUUAAUUGUGUACAGACAGUUUAUUGCAAUAUUGUGGAUAUACAGUAGUACACAAAUUUGAUAGCUUUUAUUGUUUUCAAAUAAAAUCAUAUUGUCUUCUCAUUAAAAAAAAGUGGGACACCUAGGCAGCAAAUAUUUUGCAAAACAGAACCCUUAAAAAUUUCAAAACAAGAAUUUUGGAGGGGAGGGGGAAAAUUUGUGUAAUUUAUGAUAUUAUUUUUGAUUU